AUGGAGCGGUUCGAGGGGUAUGUGUUCACCGCUCUUUGCAGCACCAACCUCCUGGUCUCCUGCCUCUUGCUCUCCACGGUCACCCGGGAGCAGAGGGAGCCCUACAUGGACGAAGUGUUCCACGUCCCGCAGGCCCAGAAGUACUGCCAGGGGCGGUUCAACGAGUGGGACCCCAUGAUCACCACGCUGCCCGGCCUGUACCUGGUGUCGGUGGGCGUCAUCAAGCCCCUGGUGUGGCUGGCAGGCCUCAGGGGGGGCGUGGUCUGCUCCACGGCCAUGCUGCGCUUCGUCAACCUGCUGUUCAACGGAGGGAACCUCUACCUGCUCUACCUGCUCACCUGCAAGCUGCACCUCCGGGAGAAGAGUAAGAGCGCGUCGCGCCGCGUCCUCUCCGCCCUCUCCCUGUCCACCUUCCCCGUCCUCUACUUCUUCAACUUCCUGUACUACACCGACGCCGGCUCCACCUUCUUCAUCCUGUUCGCCUACCUGAUGACGCUGUACGGCUGCCACAAGGCCUCCGCCCUGCUCGGCGUCUGCGCCGUGCUCUUCCGCCAGACCAACGUGGUGUGGGUGGCCUUCUGCGCCGGCACGCUAUUGGCCGGCCAGCUGGACGAGGCGUGGCGCACCGACGGCGCCAAGAAGAGGGACGAGCGGGCGUCGCCGGUGCCGCUCUCGCUGGCCGGCGCCCGGCGCGUGACCCGCUUCCUGCUGGACUUCCUGGUGUCCCCGCCCCGGGCGAAGGCGCUGCUGCUGGUGGCGUGGCCGUACGCGGCCGCCGGCGCCGGCUUCCUGGCGUUCGUGGCGCUGAACGGCGGCAUCGUGGUGGGCGACCGCUCGAGCCACGAGGCCUGCCUCAACGCCCCGCAGCUCUUCUACUUCCUGUCCUUCGCGCUCGUCUUCUCGCUGCCCGCCACCCUGUGCCGCCACCGCCUGCUGCGCUUCCUGCAGGCGCUGCGCCGCAAGCCCCUCCUCUUCCUGCUGCUGGCCGCCGCCGGGCUCCUGCUGGUCUGGAACUUCACCCACGUCCACAAGUACCUGCUGGCCGACAACCGCCACUACACCUUCUACGCGUGGCAGCGCGUGGUCCAGCGCCACCCUCUGGCGCGCUACCUGCUGGUGCCCGCCUACGUCUUCGCCGGCUGGCACUUCCUGGACGCGCUGCGCUCGCGCUCGCUCUUCUGGACGCUGGCGCUGCUGGUGUGCGUGCUGGCGGCCACCGUGCCCCAGCGGCUGCUGGAGUUCCGCUACUUCAUCGUGCCGUACCUCGUGUUCCGCCUGCACAUGCCGCUGCCCUCGCUGCCGCGCCUGCUGCUGGAGCUGGCCCUGCACGCCGCCGUCAACGCUGCCACGCUCUACCUCUUCCUCGCCCGCCCCUUCCUCUGGCCCGGCAGCGAGGACACGCAGAGGUUCAUGUGGUGAGGAGGUCCGCCCGCCCGCCCAACAGCCCGUCAGCCAAUCGGAGGCCUCCUCUGGUACCACCUGAGCCGGUCGGGACCAAUGGGGGGCCGGUGCAGAGCGGGAGAACUUUGCUGCGUUGGAGCGAGAGAGAGCAGUUAGCCGUCCCUCUUGAGGAGAUACAGAACUGGUUUCUUUUUCUGAAUGUAUGAUUCCUUCAAUUACGUUUUUUUUUUUAGAUCAUGAGAUCAUGUUUCCGUUUUUUUUUUUUUUUUUUUUACAAAUAGUCUUAGAGAGUCAUCAGCAGGGUGAGGGGACGCGAGUCAUCCCAGGUAACGUGAAGUUCACCGUGGUGGUGGGGAGGUCUGAGAACCUCGACGACGGUUCAACACUCGACAUGUUCUUCAGAGCCCAAGGCCUCUGAACCACGGGGCCGGCGGACCGCAGCGCCCUGUGGAGGUCAGCCUGCCACUCAGCCUCACAGGAGGAAGAGAUGGGGGAAGAGCAGGUCUGUCUGCAGCAGUGUCUACACCAGGCCCCCGGUUUGGAACACACACAUAUUGUGCGCGCAUUCCUCAAAGUGCAAAAGGAUGUCAUCUCUUUCCAAGAGCUUUCCCUUGUGCUCUCUCACACACACACACACGCGCGCACGCACGCACACGCACACGCGCACACGCCCCCCCCACCCCUACCUCUCGGAGUUAGUUUUUCUUUAUGAGGUUCGUCGUGGAUUAGCUUGUUUUCUUACCGGUGUUCUGAUGUCGCUUCCUGCUGUGUUGACGUCAUUAAAGGCUGAACCAGAGCCGUCAUGAGCCAACAUGAAUCCUUUGUUUCUGUGCUUUUCAGUGUCUAGAAAUCAGUCUCUAAAUUGUAACUUUCACAUGUUUUUGUUUACUGUGAUCAGUCAGUGUUUACUGUAUUAUCUGUAGAUUUUGUUGUGAAUUGUUUUGUUUUCUUUGAAAUUGGUGAGUAAAUAAUCCUUUUCUAAGAACCCUAGUUGAUCAUAGUUUUGAAAUGUUGGCAUCUCAACAAUUGAGAUUAGAUGUGCAGUGAACUGCUGAAGAAGCGGCACAUUUUCAUUCCGCACCCCCGUUGGUAAUUAAAUUACUUUGCGUUUGACGUAAUUUUCCAAUAGAAACGUAGUUUAUUUAGUUGUGAUUGUUCCCCUAAACCUGUCGACUUUUUGUCACGUCUGUCUUCAUGUAUGUGCUACAUCGCCUGUGAACACAUUAAAAGUUCUAGAAAACAAAAA